AUGUCAACAAACUUAAAAUCAAACUUAGAAUACAUUUUUAUGUCUAUUGAUUUUAAUUUAAACUCUACAGUCAAAGAGGAAGACUUAUUAUUAUCAUCAGCUGAUGACAUAAAAUGCAAUGAUAUUGCAGAUGAAACAAUUGAAUGCUCAUUGUAUGCAAUUAAGGGAAAAGAGCAAUCAACAGAAGCGACUGCAUGCAACAAUGUAAUUAGUUUUUCAACAGUUGCAGAAUCCCAUCAUCCUCAUCCAUUCAAUCAUAUUAAAAGUAUUCAAUAUACUGAUUUAAGUAAUUUAAAAAGUAACGAUUUAAUAUCAACCUUAACGACAAAUCCCUUAAAUGAUUUAAACACAUAUUCUCAAGAACGUGCUGAUAAAAAUUCAUUUAUUGAUAAUAAGCUUAAAGGUUGCAGCAAAAAUAACAACAGUAACACAACAAAGUGCUAUAAAUUACAUAAAAAAGCUAAUAAAUGCAAUAGCUAUUUAAGAAAUGCUGAUACGAAAGAAUAUUUUCACAUUGUAAGACAAAAAAGCAACGCGAGCAGUAGAAAAUUAUUUUCAAGUGACGAUCGACAUCGUCAUCAUAUACGUGACAACAACAACUGUGUAAAGCUUGCUACAAGUGCUGAAGCUGCUGAGCAGACAACAUUUUGGCCCACGUCGACUCACAAUAAUAAUUGUGAUGAUCAUUCUGUUAGUGAUAAGCGCAUAGCAUACAUCAAUUCGAGAAAUUCUCUAUAUAAAAUAAAUUGCAUCAAUCAAUCGUUUAGUGAUGGUGAAUAUAUUGUACGGGUGAGACGUGUCAAUCGUAAAUUUAAUUCACAUAAAAGUGAUGAUAUUGCAAGUGUGGUGAAUGAUAAAAGGAAUAGUAAUAGUAAACUAAUUCAUGUGCCAAUCGCGACGUCAUCAGUUUCCAUUAAUAUAUUAUUUAUCUUUUUUCUUGGCUAUUUUCAAACGAUAGUGGCAAAGUGUAAUAAUUAUUUUAAUAAUAUUAGUGAUAAUAAAAUGUAUUUAAUACGUUCAAUGAAGUUAAAAGAGCGUCUUGCUGUUGGCUUAGGGGUGGCGCUAGUCCUCUUCACCCUACUCCUUGUGAUAGACUUACAAAUGGACCUAGGAGUUUCAAAAGCCAGUUUUCCUUCAACAGGAUACCAUGGACGUUAUAAAUACAAACAAGAUGAAGAUAAGACUGGUGUGUUUAAGGAAUUUCAAAGAAAAUACUUAGAGAAGCGCAAUAAUUCAGGAUCAAGAGAAGUAACGACACUUAAGCCGCCGUUCAACGGUCGAAACGAUGUGUCGUCAUCUGGACAAGAGCGUGUGCCAGUGCCUCCAACAAUGAAUGAUAAAUAUGUUGACCUAAUAUCAAUUCUUCUCGGUCAUGUUGAUAGUAAAACACCUACAAAUUACGAUAAGGUUAUCAUCAAAAAUGACAUAACAGAUGAUCUCAAUCCGAGUAUAGGAGAACUGCUUGAAGUUAAACAGAGCAAAAAUGCAACAAAUUUGGAGCGCUUCCAACUCUCAAUCACCAAAAAAGAAAUGUAUCCAGAGAACGAUAAAACUGUGCAAGCAUUGAUGCUGGAUAUGAUUAAACAACCCAUCGUACAUAUUGUUCAAAAGGAAGGUGGAACACAACUUAAGCUGAUUAUAGAAUAUCCAAAUGAUGUUCAUGCAUUGUUCAAGCCCAUGAGAUUUCCUCGUGAGCAACAGACACUUCCAAACCAUUUCUAUUUUACGGAUUUUGAAAGGCAUAAUGCUGAGAUUGCAGCAUAUCAUUUGGACAAAUUACUCGGUUUUCGUCGUGCGAUGCCAGUUGCUGGUCGUAUAUUAAAUAUAACAAGCGAAAUCUAUCAAUUGGCUGAUGAUGAUCUACUGAAGACAUUCUUUAUUUCUCCAUCAAAUAAUGUCUGUUUUCAUGGCAAGUGUUCUUAUUAUUGCGAUACAAGUCAUGCUAUUUGCGGCAAUCCUGAUACGCUUGAAGGCUCAUUUGCAGCUUUUUUACCAACAUAUGAAAACGCUCAACGAAAGGUGUGGAGACAUCCAUGGAGACGAUCUUAUCAUAAGAGACGAAAGGCACAGUGGGAAACCGAUGCUGAUUACUGCACUAUGGUAAGAGAUAUUCCACCGUAUGAUACAGGACGUCGAUUACUUGAUUUGAUAGAUAUGUCCAUUUAUGAUUUUCUCAUGGGCAAUAUGGAUCGUCAUCAUUACGAGACCUUUAAAAUUUUCGGAAACGAUACAUUCCCAAUACAUUUAGAUCAUGGACGAGGAUUUGGUCGAGCGUUCCACGAUGAGAUAUCUAUACUUGCACCUGUAUUGCAAUGUUGUACGAUACGUGCAUCAACCCUCGAGACAUUACUGAAAUACCAUAACGGACCAAAAAAGCUAUCUGAUGCAAUGCGUGAGUCAAUGACUGUUGAUCCCAUUUCGCCUGUUCUAUGGGAGCCCCAUCUUGAAGCACUUGAUAGACGAGUAGUCAUUAUUCUACAGGGUAUUCGCGAUUGUCUCAAAAAAGUUGAUAUCGAAUCGAGACAAAGCAAUAAUGUUGAAUAUGAGAUUCCCAAAGAAGAGGCGUCAAACCAAGUGUAAACAAACUUUAAGUUCCUUCAAAUUUCUAUAUAAAAUAGAAGUAAAUUCGACGACAAGAUAGAAAGAAUUGUCAAUAAUUCGGAUAUGUAAAUAUGUUAUGUAGAAAAUCAAUUUAACAGUCAAGACAUUUCUUCAUAUUUCCUUCUAUUAUAUUAAAUGCAUGCAUGAAAAGUAGUAAAAAUGCAUUUCCAAAUAAAAAAGAGAAAAUAAUGUAGAGAUAAAAAUCAAGUUUGUAAUCCAAUAUAUGCAAUAUUAAGUCUUUCCAACCGAAUCAUAUAUAACAAUUCUCAAUAAUACUAGACGAAGCUUCCUUUCGAAAGGAAGAAGAGAAAAACUUCAGAUUUAAUAGUUUUUGUGGAAAAGUACUCGAGAAUAUUAAAAUUUGCAUCACAA